ACAUUUACCUUGUGGAUGCUAACGGUGAAGCCAGGAGGACGAGUAGAUUCACGAUAGCUGUUACCCAUCAGAGAUGAAAGCGAGCUAGCUAGCUAAUCUGUAGCUAACAUGAUUUGAUGGAGGCUUUACCGGAGCGGCAACGUAGUUUCAGCUAGGAUACAUCAGCAUUAAACCUUCACUAGCUUGCACACAGCAACGGAACACGGAGAGGAACCCGCACGAUAUGCAGUCAUGAAGCGGGUUCGCACUGAGCAGAUCCAGUACGCCGUGGCUCAGUACCUGAAGCGGAGGCAGUAUGUGGAUACCGAUGGCUCUCUGAAAGGAGCCAAGCUGUUCCAGUCUGCGGAGGAGAUGGCUGCCAGUCUCACAGUGCAGACAGAGUCGGGGUGUGCCAACAUCGUGUCUGCUGCACCCUGCCAGUCCGACCCACAGCAGUAUGAGACUCAGUACUCCCGGUUGCGCUCCUUUCUGUCAGAAACAGAUAUAUCCUGGGCGAAGGAAGUGAGCAGCAUUCUCUACCCGCUCUUUGUCUACCUCCACCUGGACUUGGUGCACUGCGGCCUGAAGGGGGCGGUAGAUGGUUUCUACAGUCGUUUCCACGGCGCCUUUCUUCAGGACAGCGAGCAGCGCGCCACCAUAGAGCAGCUCCGCCAUGUUCUCACUUCUCAGGACGUCGCAGCCAAUCCCAAGUUGAGUGCUUUCCUGGAGCACAAGUACGUGGUUCACCUGACGGAGCCGGCCUACAGCUACCUGCUGCGUUACCUGCAGAGUGAGGACAACAGUGCCCUCUGCAGGACCCUGAGCACACACCUGCAGGUGGAGGUGACCGCCUCGAGGCGCACAGACUACCAGCUGUAUGGAGCAGCUGGCGGGGCGACCGCCGCCCCAAACUCCACCUCCUCCUGGGCGGGGGUGGACGGGGCGGAGGGUGGCGAGGGGGUGGAGGUCCCUGCAGGGAUCCCACAGAGCGAGGCGGCCCUGGAGACUCUGCAGGACUGCAUCAAGAAGGUCCGUGAGGGGCCCCCCACGCUCACCACAGUGUGUUUUUACGCCUUCCACCACACGGAGCAGACGUUGAACACCGCAGAGGUCUCGGCCGACAGUCGGCUGCUGGCCGCCGGCUUUGACAGCUCCACGGUGAAACUGUGGAGCCUCCGAGCCAGAAAGCUGAAGGCCAAACCGCAUCAGGCUGACGUAUCGCUCAUCCACCUGGCCUGUGACGUACUGGAGGAGGAAGCGGAUGAAGAAGACUGCUCUGGCAGCGAGAUAAAAACACUGCGAGGUCACAGCGGCCCGGUGUUUCGUACCGCCUUCCUGACGGACAGCUCCGGCCUGCUCUCCUGCUCUGAGGACACAACCAUCCGCUACUGGGACCUGGGCAGCUUCACCAACACGGCGCUCUACCAGGGCCACGCCUACCCAGUGUGGGACGUGGACGUCAGCCCCUGCAGCCUUUACUUCGCCAGCGGCUCCCACGACCGGACGGCCCGCCUCUGGACGUUCUCCCGCACCUACCCGCUGCGGCUCUACGCCGGGCAUCUCUCCGACGUCGACUGCGUCAAAUUCCACCCCAACUCCAACUACCUGGCCACUGGUUCCACAGACAAGACCGUCCGGCUGUGGAGCACCCAGCAGGGAGCGUCCGUCCGCCUCUUCACCGGCCACCGUGGCCCCGUGCUGUCGCUCGCUUUCUCACCUAACGGGAAGUACUUGGCGUCCGCCGGUGAGGACCAGAGGGUGAAGCUGUGGGACUUGGCAUCAGGGACGUUGUUCAAAGACCUGCGAGGACACACGGACAGCGUCACCAGCCUGUCCUUCAGCCCGGACAGCAGCCUGGUGGCGUCGUCCUCUAUAGACAACUCAGUCCGGGUGUGGGACAUCCGCAACUCCCACGGAGGGACGCCAGCCGACGGCUCGUCCGGCGAGCUGGUGGGACUGUACACUGGAAACACCAGCAACGUGCUGAACGUCCAGUUCAUGGCCUGCAACCUGCUGCUGGUGACGGGAACUGCACAAGAGAAAGCAGAACAGUAGCCACGGCUGUAUCUUUUUUUGUGUUGAUGUUUGGGAGAAAAGCUUGAAUAUCUCCAGAAGUGUGUUUGACAUUUGUCUGUCACCAAUUUUCUUCCCUAAUCCAACCACUGAGCGGUUAAAGGCCACCACCUGCACAGGAGUCAGGUUUUUCUUUUAAUUCUCGGCAUAAAGCAGUCGCCUUUUCAAACUGGCUUAGAUGUUCAGUUAUAGAUCAAUUAUCAUUUGUCCUUGGUGGUGUUGUCUAAUUACCAAAGCUCCCUUACUAGAGGUCAGUAUUAAAUAAAUAAAAAGUUUUGGUUCUGGUGUCUUGGUGGUUGAAAGCUGUUUACUCUGCUGUCAUGCACAUGUUUUAUUAUCUAAAACAGCAGCAUAUGACUGUUUUUCUUGUUAAAUAAAAAAAACUAAAUUUGAAUCUGCAAAAAUCAGUUCGACCCAAAUAGGAGAUGAAAAUGUUUAUUUACUGAACUGAGAAAACACCCAAACAGACAAAAAACUUUGUUUUGUUGCACUGAUGAGUAUUAUGGGAUGAACUGUUUCCUUAGGAGUAACCUCCGCAGUACACUGAGCUGCACCUCAUUUCAAUCUCCAGGAUGUUUAGCCUAGCUUAGCACAAAUACUAGAAGCAUGGGAAAGCUGCUAGCCCAGCUCCAUCACAAAUAAGAAAUGUAUACCUUCCAACAACUCUAAAACCAUCGUAAACACGUGUUGUGUAGCUAGGCUAACCGUGGGUAGGGUUGAGUAUCAUUUGAGACUUUUUGCCUCUCACGCUGAUAGAAUACCUGAGUUUCACUCCCAAAGUACCAACACAGAUCUUUAAUCUUUAAUUACUUUGAGGUUUUUCAACCAGACCAUUUAAAAUGUUACUGCAAGCCGAGAUACAAGAACUUCGGCCAAAUAUAUUUUAAAUCACAUCAGAAACUGUCUGAAACAAACACAAUUCCAAAUCUGUUUGUAUGUAAUGUUGGCUUUGUGCACUUGACAGUUUUUGAUACUUUGUUCCAAAAAUAUGUAAAGAGCUGAAUGCCGGGAGCUUAUGGAAAAUGUUUUGUUAAAGGCUGCCAAAAAAAACACAAAUAUUGAAUAAAACGACAUUAGUUUGUUUGUGUUCAGGCUGUAGUUAUAGUUAUUAGAGUAGUUACAAAUGUCUUUAUUUUGCAGGACUACUGUAACAAAAGCAGGUUUUUCUGGUUUCACUUUGAUUCUCGUUUAAUGUUCGAUAACUAGUUGUGACUUGGUAAGACAACGAAGAGGCAUACACUCAAAAUGCAGGACUGUUCCUUUGAUUAAAAUGCAUUGAUCGAGUCACACACCAGCUUCCACCGAGUCGAUCCAUACACAGAGAAUAGGAUCCUAAAUACUCUGACAUGAGAAACUCUGUUUUGCAUUGAUGCUCAUGGGGUUUAGAGACUGUAUUCUAGAUUUUAAAGUGCCUCAAAGGUGGAAUACAAAAGUUAACAAGUGACUAUGUGAGCUUUAAAAACACCAGAGCAGGAAGUGGUUGUUUCUUCUCUCUUGGUUUGUAGGGUUUGAGUAAUAGAAAAAGUGUAAAUAGCCUUGUUGAGGGUAUUUCUAAGAAUCAAAGGCUGUAUUCUUUCGCACUUUUCUGCGAGUGGCAUGAACAGUGCAAUGUUUAAAAAGUAUAUAUAUAUAUAUAUACUGUAUUUUUGUAACAUUUUGGCUACGAAGAGUUAACAUCCAGGUUGAGCUUAACGAGGGCUAAAAAAUACUCACCUAGAAACUGAUUUCAAACAUCCAAAUUGUGAUUGUAUUUUUGUUUUCUAUAUAUAUCAUUGUUUUGCAUAUUUCAUUCAUAAAUCCAGCCUGGAAGUUGUACUUUAUGUUUGUCAGUAACCUUUUGUUCCCUCCUGUAGCCCAAAACAAGGAAUAAAUAACAAAAUUAUUUAAAGUAAUGCUUCAGUAAGUUCCUUUUCUUGUUUGUGUGUCAUGCUGGUUUGAGGGUGGUUUGGGCCUC